GUCUUGUUUCCAGCUCUGCAAAAAUUGAAGGACACCCCGCAGUGGAAGUUGCCGCAUCUCGAGCCCAUUCAGGAGGAAAUCACCAAGUUGUUUGAAAAGGUUGCUGCCCCUGUUGAAGACCAAUACAUCUACACUGCUAGCGUGGAGGUGAAAAGGUUGUUGGGUUUCAUCAAACGUCGGGCUUCACGCAAAGAAGUCACCAAGGAUCGCAAAUUCCAUGAGCUCCUUUUGACCCUUGAUCCAUCACUGAAGGACUACAUUGACAAGUACAUGACCGGUGACAGCGCUUCAAGCGUUGAUCAUGCUGAUGAUGUCGAGGAUGAUGAUGGUGAAGCCAAGGAAGAUUUUGAUGAUUUCAAGCGUUGGCUUGACAACCGUGGUGAGUGUGCUUCCAAGGGCAAUGAUGCUGAGAAGGUGGUGGCUGCUCCUCCUCCCCCUAGUGAACCCAAACGUGAAGUUUGCAAGGUGAACUGGAUCUGUGAGCUUUGCAAGAGUGACGCCACAAAGUGCAAUUGCAAAGCCGUCCUUGCGGAGCUCAAGGAGAAGAUCGCAAAGCGGAAGGAAGAACUCCGGCUGAAGUCCCAGCAGUCAGCUGCGACAUCAGAGGGUGAGCCGGAUUCAGUGGAUGUCAGCCAACAGCCUUUGUCACGUGGUAGCGGAAGCCAUUUGGACAACAUGGAUACCCUACCUUUGGUGGAAGGUAGCAUGCCAGCGCCUUCUCCCCACAUGGAUGUGACUGAUGAUGCAGCUGAUGAGAUUCCACCUACUCAGCCCCGGGAACCGUUCAUGCUUGCCAAGCCAGCCCGUGUCUUGACCCGUCGUGACCAGCUCGCCGCGAAGAAGAACAAGAUUGAGGCAGAGGGUGACCAGAACAUGGAAGAGGGUGAUGGUGAGGAUGAGGGGGAGGAAGAGGGGGCCGUGCCAGUGCUGAAGAGGCCAGCAAGCAAGCGUCAGGCUGCUGCCUCGAAGGCCGCGUCCAAGCCCAGGGCAAAGGCUGCUGGAAAGGCCAAGGCCAAGGCUUCCCCCAAAGCCAAGGCCAAAGCAAAGGCGAAAGCUACCCCCAAGAGGAGAGCAAGGAGAUCAAAGAAGGAUGAGGAGGUGGAAAAUGGGAAUGGGGAGGACGCACCCAAGACUCCAGAGGUGAAGGAGCUUGUGGAUGAAGAGGGUGAUGUAAUCCCACAGUCCCCAAAGGAUGUCAAGGAUGCCAAUGUGGAGCCUAAGAAGGCACCUCGGAAGAAGAGAGCUUGCAAACCUGCUGAUGGUGAGGAGCCUGCUGAUGCUGCCGAGUGUCCAAAGUCAGCGCCGAAGAAGCGUGCAAAGAAAUCCAAGAAGGAUGCAGUUCCUCAGCAUGCCACGGUGCAAGAGCUGCUGGAUGACUCUGUGAAAGGAGUGGUCUUGAAAGCCCUCAAGGAGAGCAAGUCUUUGACCGUGGAGGACCUUAAGACCUACCUGAACAGCAACAAAGAUUCCAUGAAGUCUCAGAAGGUUGCUUUGAACACCUACUGGAGCAAAACCAGCUCCGCUGUUCGCAUGCUUCAGGAGCCUGGGAAGCCUGAAUCUUCGCGCUUCUCUUUCAAAACUGGGACAUGGAACACCCGUAUGUGUGCAGCCUUCAUGUGUUCGUCUUUGAUGGUUCCCAAGCUUUGCUUUAGUAAGAUUGAUUUAUUUGAUUUGUUUUUGGUACUUUCCUUGGGUUUCCUAUACCCCACAUUGGUCCUUCAAUAUUAA